AUUAGUAUGUAUAUGAAAAUGUAGAAUAUCAUAUUGUCAUUCAAAUAUUGUUAAUUGGUCGAAUGAUUGCGGGUAAAUUGGUUGGCGAUAGAAAUCCCUUGAUAUAAUCAUUAAAAAAACUCAAACUACAAAAAGAAUAUGAAGUCAACAUUCCAAACUUUCAAGAAAAAGAUUUUGCCGAAGAAUAAUUCUAAUUCAAAAUCAGAAAAGGCAAAGCGGAAAAUUAUUCACCCGCAUUUGGAGGAACAAAAGGAGAAUCAUGUUGCUGUUACUCCCGUUAUUAUUGUUGAUCAAGAAAUCGAUAAAGAUGAGCAAUCAGGUAGCAUAAUUGCAAGUGACGCUUCCCCGGUAAAACCAAGAUCAAAAACUUUCGCCUGGCCUGGAAAAUCGAAUAAGAAGAAGUAUGAAAUAAAAGAUGAUGAGACCAGUGAGGGAGUAAAGACAAUGUCAGAUGGCAAUAUAACGCCAUCAGCUUCAGAGAAUAGCAGCCUUGCAACUCCAACAAGAAGAAAAACUAGAAGCCCUAUUACGAGAUUAGGAGGAAUGAUUCGGAGAUCUAUGUACGGAAUGAGAUUCUCUUCAAUUGACGACAAUCGCGAAAGCGUUGAAAAGGAUAGUGACCCUAUCGCCCGACCCAAGUCUUUAUACGUGCUAAACACCUCAUCAUCUACGUCGGUGCUUUCUAUUGUCAGAAAAAGUUUACGCAGAAGAUCAAGGCAAAGCGAUGGAGACGUACCAAUGCCUGUUGUGACAAUUGAACCCUCACAGUGUGACGCCGAUGCCACGCCAGAAAAACUGAGCGUUGACUUCACACCAGAAAAUCUUUUUUCGGAUAUAGAAAGCAAGGAAAGCCAGAAGUGCUCAAGCGAAGAUAUAUCAAGUUCAAAGUCAAGCGUUGAACUUGAAACAGAGGUUAUUUGUGAAUCAGACGAACCAGAUGCCGCCAAAUCAAUGAGCAUUGGAAGUGACGUUACGAAAAGUACAAAUGAUCUGAAAAAGACGGGAUCUGAAAUUAAUUUAGAUUUGGACAUGAAUGAUUUACCAAUAAGCGUACCAAGGUUAAAUAACAAAGCAGCUUAUGAUAAGAUUGCGCUGAGGCCGAAGAGAAGAGCCGCCGGUAGAUCACGAGGUGCUCAGCAAAAGCAUGUGAUUCGAGUAGAGGCACAAAUUAACGGAUUUCCUGAUUCACCAACCAUUGAAGAUGAAAAAGAAGAAAUAUCCAGAGAUAUUUCUCCGCCCCGAGCGAAGAAACCCCGGCCACCAAGCUUCUCACUACAACCACCCCAAGCAGAACAGAGCGCAACUGGAUCUGGAACUACUGUCACACCCAAUAGACAUUCUAUGUUUGGCAGAUCACCAUUGGGUGCGGCGCCGGGGAUGAUUGUUCCGACCUUAGAAGACAUGCAAAAAAUUAAGCUACGUAAACGACAACCAGAAUUGGAGCCCAAAACCACUGACAAAUCAACCAAAGAAAAACCAGUGUCGAACAAAUCAGAUGUUGACAAGUCCAAACUAUCAAAGAAAUCCAAUUCUUCGGAGAAGAAACCUACCAAACAGGAUCAAAAGGGUCUAUCGGAUGGAGGUUCCUCUAUUUUUCCUUGGAAAAAUAAAUCAAGUUCGUCGUCCAAAAGUCCGCCCGCCAAUCCGAAUGCUCCCGAAGACGCACAAAAAGAAAAUGAGAAACCAAAACCAAGUAAGAAAAAUGUUAGUGCAAAAGACUCGAAAUUGGGGUCGGCAUCCAAACUAUUUUCGGGGAAUGACAAAAAAGAAACUACUAAAAAGAAGUCUUUUGGUUUGGGGAGAAAAGACAAAAAUCAUUCGGGUAAUAAUUCCAAAACAAAAAGUGAAAAUACAACAGCUGAAAGCGUCGUGAAAAUGGAUUUGUCGAGUUCGGAAAAAGAAAUUGAGGAGAAGACCAACGUGGAAUCGGAAAAAAUGAAUGCCCAUCAAGACGGUGGUGAAUCUCCUGAAAUUGUUGAAAAUGAACCGAAGCAAAAACAUAAUGUCAAAAGCAAAUACGCGGAUAUGUUAAAACUGGAAGCAGAAAAAUUGGCGGAAAAAAGAGUUGACGAUGACCAUGAAAAACCACCGUCCCCUAUAUCGCCUCUUGAUGUCGAAAAGAUGAUAUUUGGUGAUAGCUCGAAACAAAUAACUGUUGAGCAUAACGAAAUACCGCAAAUCGACAAGCCCGACUCACCAAAAUCACCGCUUGAACAGAAAAUAUCGAUUUUCGGCGAAACCUUUAAACUAAAAUCUCCUGAUAAAACGACAAAUACAUUUACUAUCAAUAACGUGACCGAAACAGAAUCUGCAAAAGAAAAAGAACAAGAUGUAACGAUUAAGAAGAACACAGUAGUUCAGGAGGAGAAGAAAGAUGAGCCCCUAUCGCCUGUUAGAAAAGUGACAAGUCCUAUAGAGACACAUGUGCAAGCUAAGUCGAUAUUGAAACGUUCGAAAAGUCACGAAUAUAAUGCGGAUAUCACAAAGCAUGUUGUACAGUCUGGUCAAUGCGCAAAGGUGGAAAAUUUGAAAUACAAAGACGACAUUUCUGAGCAACCGUCUUCUGAACAAGUAGAGGAAUCAAAAUCACAAGUAUCAGACAAAAUCACAUUGACUACAAAAAAGAAGUCGUCACCAAUAUUUCCCAGAGCUCUCAACGAGGAUCAAAAACAUGUGUUUGGUGAUAGAAAGAUCCGUGCAAAUACUGAACCAAGUGUAGGCAAAACAAAGGAGCCAAGUACAAACGAAGGCCAAAAGUCUACAACUAUCUCGCCGAAAACGCCGACGAACCCAUUGUUAGAUGAACAGCCAGGAGGACUUUAUUCCCGUAACAAACUGAAAUCGAUUGGAGAUAGAACCGGAACUGAGAAAUUUGGGGAACGGAAAUCUGAAUCUUUCAAAGCCUCAUUGGUAACUUCGCCAACAAGGGCUCUGCGGACCCGCUCAUUCAACGUCGGAUCGAACUCUCCUGUACAGGCUAAAAUUUUAGCAGGUCAAAAAAACAAAGCGGAAACUCGUGAUACAAUAGAGAAAAUUCCGAGUUCGCGAACUUUAAGCCCCACAAAAGAGAAGCCAGCUAUUGCCACCAAGCCCCCGAAAACCCCGGAUAAAAGCCCAAUGAAAACAUCCAAAACUUUAUUUCAAGAUGUUGAAAAUAAUAAUAUAAAACCAACUGAAAAAGUUGAAACAAUCAAACAGCUUGAUAAGUCGGAAGAAAGUGAAGUUAUUGUCAAACCUGUUUUGCGUAGGAACACGACGAAAUCUCGAUCCUCUCGGGGAAAAGAUGACAAAAAUACGGACGGUGUUCCAUCUUGGAUACAACUGGCCAAACGACGAUCAAAAAUAUGGGAAGAUGGUCAGGCGAAAAAUGAAACUAAUUCAUCGUCUCAGAAAACCACGGCGGACAAGGCGCCCGAGAAGGACGCCGGUCGGCCGAAAUCCUUGAAGGUGACACUUGCAGAGUCUACCAACAAGCCGGAGGUCGAAGAAAAUGUAUCGAAGCCGGCGCCGAAAGAACGCAAAAAUUUACCAGGAAAAAUAAUAGCAUCAAACACUGCAAGAUUUGAGAAGGAUACAAACGCGUCGAGGGAACGACCAAAUCUUCCGCAAAAGAAAUCCACUACGCCGACUUCUAAGUCAUCAAUAGCUCCGAAGGAACGCAAAGGCAGUUUGAUGAGCCCCGAUCCACCUUCUCCGACCUCUGACCAAACCAAUCGAACUGCUCCUAUCCCCAACAUCAGCAUGGUAUCCCCAAAGCAUGUGAUGAGCGGCUCAAAAGAAGUGAAAUCAGAUGGGCAGCCAUCUUGGUUGGCUAUAGCUAUGCGCAAACAGAAAACGUGGGUCAAGGAAGAAACAGUGUGAAUUUGGAAGCGUGCUAUUUAUGAGGCCAGGAAUAAUCGCGAACAAUUCGACAAACAGAAAAUGUUUCACCAUAGUGAAAUUCGAACAUUAAGCUCAUGAUUCUAUGAUUGGAAAUUUUGGAGUUUGUAAAUAUGGUUCCCGCGUAAUCAGACGAAGUCUAUUUGGUAUAGGUUUGAUAAACAGUGGAAUGUUGGCCCAAUUUGCCUCAAAAUUAAAACAUAUUUUGUGCAAUAAUAUUAAAGGAAGAAAAGCCUGAAAGAAAUCGGAAUGGUAAUUUGUAACCGAAGUUUUUGAUGUGGCUUUCAAGUACGUUUAUUUGUUUAAGUAUGACAUCAUUUACCUAUUUUAAAUAAUUCAGAUAUGGCACGAGUUGUUCCUAUUUCCAAGGUCAUAUUUCUUAGUUAUUCUAUACUAACUAUACAAUGGUAGCCGCCAUUGAUUCCUCUUUCGAAUUACCUUUACGUCACUAAUUCAAAACUUUCAUUCAAUAUUAUCUACUGCAUAGCUGCUCAUAAUUAUAAUUGCAACCUUGUUGAUUCUUAUUUUUGCAUUUUUUUCUUCUUUUUAGAGUACAAUAAUACUGAUAUUUGCGAUCAAUAAUACAACGUCGUACAUUGAAA